CUUCCUCCUCUUCUUCCUUUUCCUCCCUCCUCUCACCUAUCUCCGGCCUCAGGCACCACCGGUGCGCUACUACUCUAUCCCUCCAGCUAGCCUUGUGAAAUCCUCUCGCAUGUGAUCAUGCACAUGCUGAGAAGGUAAUAUAAGGGUUUGGAGCUACUACCCAUGGGCUCUUGGCAGCAAGGAGAACUGCAGGCAACAGCCAUGGAUGGCGCAGGAAGCGGCGGUGGCAACCACCGCCUCAUCGGCCUGAGGAUCGAGGAGUACGGGAAGUACAUAUCGGACUCGACCUGCUGCCCCCAGUGCGGCCACAAGAUCGACAGGAAGCUGGACUGGGUGGGGCUGCCGGCCGGGGUGAAGUUCGACCCGACGGACCAGGAGCUGAUCGAGCACCUCCAGGCGAAGGUCCGGCCUGGUUCCACGGCGGCGCCAUCGCACCCGCUGAUCGACGAGUUCAUACCCACCAUUGAGGGGGAGGAUGGCAUCUGCUACACCCAUCCCGAGAAACUGCCAGGUUUGACCAAGGACGGCCUGAGCAGGCACUUCUUCCACCGGCCGUCCAAGGCCUACACCACCGGCACGCGCAAGCGCCGCAAGAUCCAGCCGCCGGCCGCCGAGGCCUCGUCGUCCUCCUCCCCGGCGGCGCAGCAGCAGCAGCAGCGGAGCGAGACGCGGUGGCACAAGACCGGCAAGACGCGGCCGGUGGUGGUCGCCGGCCGGCAGCGCGGGUGCAAGAAGAUCCUGGUGCUCUACACGAACUUCGGCAAGCACCGGAGGCCGGACAAGACCAACUGGGUGAUGCACCAGUACCACCUCGGCGACAACGAGGAGGAGCGCGAGGGGGAGCUCGUCGUGUCCAAGAUCUUCUACCAGACGCAGCCGAGGCAGUGCGGCGUCGCGGCGGAACCUGCCGCCGCCGCAGCCUCCUCUGACACCGUGGACGGGGCUGCCGGUGCUGAACAAGUGGCGGAGGCCGCGGUAGCGCCACCGGAUGUUGGCGGUGCGUUCCACGGCGCCACCGGCAUCGACGAGUUCAACUUCACGCAGUUCAGGAGCAGCUUUGAGGAGGUGGACGUUGGAACAUCAGUUCAGGUUUCGGCCAGGGCUGACGAGGAAGUACAUACAGGCCAUCUUCACCUUCACCAGGAGCAUGAUCUUCAUCGGCGUCAAUACACCAACCAGGAGCAACAGCGUCUUGCUGCAGCUGCAGCAGCAUUCCAGAUCAGCACACCAACGGAGCCUAUCACCACGAUGAUCACCUCAUCGCCCAUGGUUCACCAUGGUUCAGUCAUACUUCAACAGCAGGAGACGUAUGACCAUGGCGCGAGUUAUCAUCAGCAGCAGCAGGAGGAUGAGCAGCCACACCAACCUAGCAAUUUUGACGGUAGGUCAACUUCUGGGCUAGAAGAGGUGAUCAUGGGGUGCACUUCAAGGAGGUCCAGAAGAGGGGAAGCAUCAGGUUCAGGUGGUAACAAGGAGAGCAGCAACUGGCAGUACCCAUCCUUCUGGCCACCUGGCAGCCAGGAUCAUCAUGGGUAGACGAGCAGCAACCUGCAACCACACCUUGAGUUGCAGACAACAUUGGAGAGGCAACCAAAAGCAAACCAUGACCCUGACACCAUCAUUACUACCAUGAUAGUAUGAUCAGCAUACAUACACCCUAUAUCUCACUACCAUAUAGGCUGCAAGACUAAAAGCGAGUUCAUGGCUUCCAAGAAGCAAACAAAAGGCAAAGUUAUAGCAACAAAAUCCAAACCCAGUUUUUGGCGACCCCAUCUCUCUCUCUCUCCAACUUCUUUCUCUUCAACCGAUGCGUCUGGAUAACGGGAUCGAAGUUUCAUUUGGGUGCUCAAAUUUACAUGCAUGUCUAAAGAGACAAAGAUGAUAUUGGAGGAAAAAGCAAAAGGGAGGAUCAGAAAAGGAAAGCAAGAGACAUAAAACAAAGGUGACGUCACAUGAGAACGGUCAGUUAACCGUCGGUUGCGCACAGUGAUCGAUGCGGAAUCAUUACCGCAAUCAUAGUUCAUCCUGGGCUGGGCUUUUCUUUUCAUUCCCCCCUCAAACUGUUUGAUAAUCCGGAGUAAGGAUACCAUUAUACAAUUCAUUCUUAUGUACCUUUUGAAUUGAUGGGUUAACUGAUCCGUACACCAUUUUCUUUUCUUUUCUUUUCUUUUCUAUUGGUCGUAUACUGAGCAACUUAGGUUAAUUACCCUUGGGAUAAGAAUGGAAUUCAAGGUGCAAUUGUAAAGCAGUUUGUGUUAUUAUGGAGUUGAUCCAUUUUAUUACAACUUUAAUUAUUUGAAUCGAUAUUUUGCAGUUUUUA